CGACCCUCGUAGUCUCAGCUGAUAGCGUCCUCGGUGAGCGUGUGUCGCGAGAUAGUGAGCGAGCGAGCGACAAAGCGAAAAGGGUGAUUCGUUGUUGGGGUGACAGAUGCGAGAGGUCGCCGCGGAGAAAAUAUGUGAUCGGUUGAUGGAACGAGGUUAUUAGAUGUGUGAUCUGUUUGUGUACACGGGACGAUUCGCGGAUACUCGAAGCUGACUGACCUCGUUACUACUGCAUGUGACAAGAAUCGCGGCAAGCAUCGUAAUUGGUGGCUAGCGAAUUAUCGAAUACUAUUGAAAUUCGUACUUUCUACCGGACGAUGAGAGAUUGAAGGAAGAAAACGCUCGGCGAUUGAACACACCGGGGGUCUGCUAAUGAUACUGAACUGAUGAACCACGGGAAACUAUGCUGGCAUAUUGUACAACGUUAUUUUCGAUCGAAGGUAACUGCAAGCUUCGUUGAAACCACUGAUUCCGACAUUGAUGAAAAUGCCGAUGUCGGACGUAUAUUACGUAAUGAGAAAAAGAAGGAAAACAGCUGCUAGAAGAAGAGAGAUCCUUACAAGAAAGGAAGGACAGAAGGAAAACGCAUGUAAACAUUUGUUGGCUGCUACGUUUGCAGGGUAUAUCGAACGGAUACACGAGGAAAGUACAGAGUAAUGGUGAAAAGUACGCGGUCUGGGGUGUUGACCGCGAAUUUCGAACAGGCGAGUCACACCGUGCACGAUUCGCGGCGUAAGUUCGGCUUGAAAGGCGAUCUAUUGUUGAAAAUCCUCGUUGGGCUGUUUUACAUCACGAGUACCAGUUGCGAUUGGAAAGAGAGGAUGCCGCGCGGGACCAACAACUUGCAGAUUGCUCUGAGCCGAUUGACUCAGCUCGGCCACUGCGACCUCGAGGAGACCUGUGAUUGGACGUGGGAUGAAACCUCCUUCAAAAGAACCACGCCAUCUGUGCGAAAUAGGCACGGGCCUAUCGUCGAUGCCAGUAAUUCGACUAAGGGACAUUUUUUAUGGUUCACCGGCCCUGGAAAGACUCAAAUAUGGUCCACCACGAUUCCUCCCACUGGAUUACAUUGUGUAUUAGAAUUAUCUCUGUAUCAAGUGGAGAUGCGCAAUGGUGAUAUCCAGUUACUCAUAAUCAAGAAUAAUACAAGUUGGGUUGCCACGGGAAAGCCAGGAAAUAAUUACGCAGAAUGGAGAGUAACGCGUUUCACACUAGGAGCAAUUAGUCAGCCACAUCAAUUGCUUAUAGAGAUGAUGGUGCCCUAUUCUAACUCUAGCAUCGCUGUUGAUAAUAUUCAUCUGAUCGACUGUUUUCCAGAAUCAACACCGGUGAAGAUAACCUGCACGGAGGACAUGUACCGCUGUAAGAAUGGCUCCUGUUUAAACAGAACGCGUGUUUGUGACCUAACGAAAGACUGCGCCGACGGCGAAGACGAAGACGAUGAUUGCGACAAAAUACCGGAAAACGCCAGAUGCAAUUUCGAGCAGGGAUGGUGCGGCUGGAAGAAUGUACCGGAAAGACCUUUAAAUUGGACGCUCCAUCGUGGUGCAACACCGUCCGAGAAAACUGGACCUAGUUACGAUCAUACAUACCGCAAUGCGUCCGGGACAUACGCCUAUGUAAGUAUGUCACCUCGAGUGGAAUAUGGUAGUCGUGGUACCAUUGAGAGUCCAUUGUACAAUCCAACGCCACCUUAUAAUGGCGAUCCAAAAAGUCCUUAUUAUAAGUCGUGUCAAGUGCGGUUCUUUUACCAUCAAUAUGGUGCAAACAGCGGUUCGCUUGGAUUGUAUCUAAUUCAGGUGAAACCUCAUCAACGCCAUACGGAACGAUUAUGGUGGUCUUAUCUUAGCGGCGACAAAAGUGAUGUUUGGUACAAUCAAGCUGUUCCUUUGCCCGAUAUCAAAUACAGAUAUUUGCUGCAGUUUGAGGCAAGCAGAGGCUAUUAUUCGAAAGCUGAUGUAGCGAUCGAUGACUUUUCUCUGAGUCCAGAGUGUUUUGGCAUUGGAGUUCCUCCUGAAGUCGUGGGAACUUUCAAUUACUACAAUCCUGUUAUAGAUUCGGAAAAAGUUCCAGAUCCACAUGCCGACUUUGUUAACGAAACUGUUAUACGAAUUACCACAUGUGGAAAUACCGGAAGAACAGGUCCCAAUAGCGAACAAUGUACCGAAGAAUACAAUAGUACAGAUAUAGAAGUGCUUGCACCUUCGGCAACAGUGGAAGAGUCUCUUCCCUCCAAUUUAAAUGGGGUUCAACGGUGGACAGCACCUCGUGGUGGAUAUUACACAUUGAUUGCAAUGGGUGCCCGUGGAGGAAAAGGUUCUAGCGGUAUGGGAAGUACAUUGGGUGCACUUGCCCGUGGUGUAAUUGAAUUAGAAAAAGGUGAACAAUUGUAUUUUAUGGUGGGACAGCCAGGAAUGGACGCAUGUCCUAAAAACUUGGGAUUAGAAUUAGAUAGCUGUCAAAGUGUUGGAUCGUACGGAUCCUCCAUUCCUUCAGGGGGUUCUAAAGUACACAAAGUAAAGAAUAUCAAGAUAAAAGACGGUGGCGGUGGUGGUGGCGGAGCAACGUACAUUUUUACAUUAAAAGAGAACGGAGACCAACAUCCGAUACUUAUCGCAGGAGGUGGUGGUGGUUUAGGACUGGGACCAUUUAUUAGUAAUGGCCAUCAACAUAAUCAACAUGACCAACAUGGACAGGCAGUCGCUCCUUCCGGAAGACCACCAAUUUCGGGAACGAUUCUUUCAGCAGAAACAGAUACAGGUGGUCCUGGCGGUGGAUGGAACGGGUCAUCGACUACCGUUUCGGGUCAACGAUCUUCCGCUGGCGGGACCCUUGUUACGGGUGGCAUAGGUGGAAUCGGUUGCGGUCCUGGACAUUCGAAUCACGGAAACGGAGGAUUCGGUGGCGGAGGUGGUGGAUGUCUUACAGGAGGCGGUGGCGGUGGUUACAUAGGUGGCAAUACCGGUCACAAGGAACGGGGUAACGGUGAAGGUGGUUACUCCUACGCUAGUCCCGAACUUAUGCACGUUCAUUUCCGGGCAGGGAUAAAUCAUGGGCCUGGAGAGGUUUACAUUAUUCCUGCUGUCAGCGGUUGUCAAUGCGACUUCCGUUGCGUUUGUCUGGAUCGGUAUCUUAGCGAGAUAAAGUGUCUGUGCCCUCCAGGCUGGUUAUUAAGUAACGAUUCGAGAUCUUGCGUUACGGCUGACGAAUCGAAGGAUACUCAUCAACCAUACAUCUGGCUGAUAGCUGUCCUAUGCAUUGUCCUAUUCUUAGUUUGCGUCGCUCUCUGUCUACUAGUUUGUAAUCGUUACCAAAGUCGAAAGGCACUUUUACAACGACGACAGAUAAUGUUUGGUAACGGAACUGAAUUAAGGUCUCUACGUGCUGUCUCCGAAACUAUGAUGACUGAAUUCAAUCCGAACUACGAGUUUGCUGGAAAUCUCUAUAGCUUUAAAGACUUGCCGCAAAUCCCUCGCGAACAUAUCACUUUGGUAAAACCCCUUGGUCAAGGCGCUUUCGGCGAAGUUUUCCAAGGUGUGUACAAAUACAGACGCAACGAAGAACAGCCUGUCGCUGUGAAGACUAUACCUUCUUCGUCCAGGCCUCAAACCGAAGCAGAUUUCAUGAUGGAAGCUUUAAUUAUGAGCAAAUUUAAUCACCCUAAUAUAGUACACUUUAUCGGAGUUUCCUUCGAUAAAAAUCCAAAAUACAUUGUGCUAGAAUUGCUUGCUGGUGGAAAUUUGAAAAACUUUCUUCGAGAAGAAAGGCCACGUGCGGAUCGGCCCACUUCGUUGACGAUGCUGGACUUGAUAAUGUGCGGCCACGACGUCGCGAAUGGUUGUAAAUACAUGGAAGAGGCUCGAUUCAUUCAUCGAGAUAUCGCUGCCAGAAACUGUUUGCUUACGUGCAAAGGACCCGGUCGGAUAGGCAAAAUCGCUGAUUUCGGAAUGGCCAAGGAUAUCUAUAGAAGCGAUUAUUAUAGGAAGGGAGGCAAAGCUAUGUUACCAAUCAAAUGGAUGCCACCGGAAAGUUUUUUGGAUGGAAUAUUUACUACGAAAACCGACGUUUGGGCAUUUGGCGUAUUGCUGUGGGAAAUUAUGUCUUUUGGCUACAUACCUUAUACCGGUUGUACUAAUAGAGAAGCCAUGACAAUGGUAACGUUAGGAGGGCGUCUAGAAAAACCAGCGGGAUGCCCUGAUCCUAUUUAUGGAAUAAUGACACAAUGUUGGCACCCACGUCCCGAAGACCGGCCUAGUUUUGCUACUAUCGUCGAGAGAAUUGGUUACUGUUUACAGGAUCCUGACGUGAUAAAUCAUCCAACGCCAAAUUUCGACAUUUUACCAAUCUGCGAUCGGGAAGUGACGAUCAUGAGACCAGAUCCGGAAACGGAAUGCAUUAACGUACAGUCAGAACUGGACGCAUGUGGAUACAUGCAACCCAGAAUUAUCGAUCCGCGAUCGGCUAGUCAACGUAUGGCUCAAGCUAUUGCGGGCAAUAAUCCUAAUGCGAGAAACGAAAAUCCGAACCAAUUGAAUUCAAAUGAAAGAAAUAACGUGCAACCGACAGACCGUCUGCAAGGACGAUUUCAAUCUAAUCCGUAUGGCUCUAAUACAGAUACUUCUGAGCAAACCUUCGGCGGAAACGCGAGUCGCGAUGAUUUUAGUGAUGAGAAUAAUCAUACAGAGAACAAGCUCAACAAGAUUGACAGCUCAAAUUGCGAAGAAAAAAGCGUACAUCGAACUUCAAAGAACAUCGAAGAUAGUGGUAAGUUAAAAAUCGAAGACAAUGGAAACAACCGUCCAGCAGAUAUCGAGUGCCGUCGAAGAAGCACAGUCGAGGUGACGGACGUGGAUAGAAGAAAUGGUAACGACAGCAUAACUACCAUCGACACCAACUCCGACUCUCUGAUAGUUGCUUCGUCGGAUACACCGCCUGACACGACGAACUCGUCACCGAACACACGUACCUGCUCCCCUAGUCACACUGGCCUAAAUACGAGUACCACUAAUGUAAAUGGAAUGUUAAAGAAAAACGCCUUAAAGGCUGCGCUCAGUUUGGAUCCGAGCGCUCUAUGUCGUGGAACGAUACCAUACGAGAAAAUAGCGUUCUCGCCACCACCGCAGCGUUCCAGUACACCUGGAAGUAUGGAGAUCAAGAAGGAUCCUCUGGGUCACGAGCUACCAAGGGAAGAGGAAUGCUCCUGCUGAGAUUUGUACAAAGGGGAGUGACAGGACUCCCCGGUCGUUGAUGUUACGAUACAUGCGACCAACUCCAAAUCAUUACGACGUUCCGCAACGGUAACCGUAGUAUCGAUGGCGAUGCGUUUCAAGGACUCCUCGUCGCUUCUCUGGAUACGCGACGAAGAAUAUUCACGUCGCGUGUACUCCGAAGAAACGCUGCUGUGAAUGAAUCUUGUGAAUUCGCGUUAUUUGCUCACCCUUUUCUUUUCCUUCCUUUCCUUUCCUCGUCUUUCCCUUCCUCGCCUUCUCUUUCUGUUCUUCGAACGCGAAAACAGCUAUUUUCGUCCACAUAGAAGAGGGAAGAAUUUAAUUGCGUUUACUAGAUGGGCGGUCGCGCAAUAUCUAUUAGGACGUACAUUAAUCAUAAAUCGUCGACGAAUCACAGAAGACAGGGAAUUGCAAUAACCGUGAAACAUUACGAGCUUCAGACCGUCCGUUAUUAAAUUCAACUAAAUCCCUUUUCUCGAAACUGCGUAUACGCACGUAACAACGCACGUGCAUCUUCGUACACACACACGUAAAAGUUAUAAAACGUAUCUACGUAUUAUAUUGUAUGUAAAAGAGUUGAACGAACAAAAUAAAAAGAAGAAGAGGAAGAAACAAAACGUAGAGAUAUUAUCGUUGUGUCCGAAACAAAACCACGAAACAAAAGCAUUCGAAUCGUUAAACCUGAGGUAAAUAUCAUCACGUCGUCACGUAUAUACGCAAUAUGUGUACGUAUACUUUGUAACAGCCAACAUCAACGGAUACUCACGUACAUCCUAUCGCAGUUGCAGCAGACAUAUUAUAAAUUAUCGAGAAAAACUAUGUAGAUAUAGUUGUUAAUGAACCGUUACCGUCGAUGUUCCUCCUGCAGAAGGAUUAAUCCGAGAAAUUCGUAUACACGCGUAUAUGGUCUCCUUCUUGUUCUUUAUGAACUAUAUAUGCAGGACGAUCGUCAGAAUGGCAAAAAUCGCAUAAUAUAUGAGAAAUUUUUUAAACAUACAAGCGAAGUACACAACGUGUGAUAUACAUACAUGGAAGAAAUUUCAAUGAGAGAGUACGAAUGAAAGGGAGAGACAAUACGCUAUAUACAAGACUUAAUUUACAUGACAGGAAGAAAAAGAGCCUAUGGCCUUCUUUCUAUACACACUAUGCUACUAUAUGUAUAUAUACGUAUAUAUACAAUGUGUACGUGUAUAUGUAUGUAUAUAUACAUACAUAUAUUUGUCGGGAAAUUUUAGGCGAGGCUGAAUCGAAUCGCCUUCAUCCUCCGUAUAUUAUGAUUUGAAAAUAUAUAUAUACCAUCGUACAACGGUCGUAAUUUCUUCACAAAGGGAUUAAUUGUUAAAAGGAAAGGAUGAAAAUCGAUUUCGAACGAAGUACCGAAAACUUAAUUGGUCGUCGUUCUUGCCGCUAAUUAACCUACCGGCUAAUUGUUGGUGCACGAAAAAUGACA